AUGGCGUUCAAUAUGAGUAGUAAUAGGAAGCGGAAAUCCAAUAAUAGUGGAAGGAGUUUUAAUAAUGAAAAGAAGCAGAAAGUGAAUGCAGGAAGGAGCUUGAAUGAUAAAAUAUUGGCCGCAAAACAACGUGCGUUAUCCAAACAAAGCACGGUAGCAUCAUCGUCAUCAUCAUCAUCAUUACAAGAGAAAGAUAAAGAGGAUCAAGGACUUAUGGGUUUAAACACCACGGCAAUCCAUCCAUUAUUAAUGGAUAUGACCUCUUCGAAAAACGAUGAAUCGAAAGCUAUGGGUAUAAGCGACGUGAGCAAUCCAUUAUUAUUAACAAAAUUGAAGCCCAAUGUCACAAAGGAAGCUUUGAACCCAUAUUUUGAUCCACUUCAAAUAACCAAGGCCAAUGAUACCAAAAGGAAAAGGAGAGGAUUGGUUUUUAAUGAAAAGGGCAAAUAUGUUGUGAUUGCCGAUAAGGUCAGAGAAAAAGAAGAAGUAUCGAGGUUAGAGCAAGAAGAAAUGCAGCGGAAGACAGCAUUAGGGUUAGAUCCCGAUCAAUCUAUUAAUGAGCUAGCCUAUAAAUUACAGUAUCCUAGCAGAUUAGAAUGGUGGGAUGAAGCAUUAUUUUAUAAAGGAAAGACCUAUGAUGAUUUGAAUUUGGAUGUUGAAAAUAUUGAAGAUAAUAAAUAUGUCCUAACGCUCCAUGAUCAAGAUCAGACACCAAUCACCAGUUACAUACAGCAUCCUGUCACCAUAAAAGCUCCAUGGGAAAAACAUUUGCCGGCCCCAAAAUCCUUGUAUUUAACGAAGAAGGAGAUGAAAAGAAUUAGAAAGAACCGAAGAACCGAAGUCCACAAAGAGAAGCAAGACCGUAUUAAAUUAGGGUUGGCACCUCCACCGCCACCUAAAGUGAAGCUUACCAAUUUGAUGAAUGUUCUUACUAAUGAAUCGAUAAAGGACCCAACAGCAGUUGAAUUAAGGGUGAGACAAGAGAUUGAGCAGCGGCGAUUGGCUCAUGAAGAAGAUAAUAAUGCUAGGAAGUUGACUGCCGAAGAUAGGCACGAGAAAUUUGACAAGAAGGUUGAGAAAGAUAUCAAUGAAAAAGGUAUAUUCUCGGCGGUGUUCAAGAUCGAUAGACUUGUGAAUAAUCAACACAUAUUCAAGGUUGAUAUCAAUGCCAAACAAAAUAAGUUGUCUGGGGUAUGCUGUUUGAGCGAAAAUGAUUUCAGUUUAAUCAUUGUGGAAGGAUCAAGCAAUUCCAUUAAUAAGUAUAAACGGCUCUUGAUGAAUAGAAUUAAUUGGGAGGAAAAUUCAAUACCAAAAGCAACGUCACCUGAAGAGGAAGAUACCGAAUAUACGCCGCAGAGUCUAGUCGGUAACCAGUGCAAAUUGAUAUGGGAGGGACAACUUCUUGAUUUCCACUUUCACAAAUGGAGUGUUCAUAAAUUAGAGACAGGUGAAGCGGUCCUUGAUUUCUUGAGCCACUACAGAUGUGAGAAUUACUAUAGAGAAGCCAAAGUGUUUUCUGAAUGA